ACCAUCUCUUAUCUUCUCUUUCCUUUUUCAAAGCUUACAUCUUUUUGCAUUUGGGUUGCUAGAUUCAAGCGAAAAUGAGCCGUUUCAGGAGAUUUGACCUUAUCAACUACUCUCCUUCUCCUUCAUUCUUCACCCCCAAAACCCUGCUUCUAAACCCAUAUUUACCUUCAUUCCACAAUGAGGAUGAGCUUGACUGCACUCUCGAUCUCAUCUGCCCUAAGCCUUACUUACCCACUACCUUCCUCGAUCUCGACGAUUUCGAUACCAUCACCGAUCUGAUCCAAAUCGAAAGAACCCCUUUUUACAGCACUACUCGCCGUGUCCAGCACCGGUUAGGACUCGGUACUGAGUUGCAAUGUCUGUCUGACCGAGUCACCGCGCUCGAGCGGAUGUUGAGGGCGAAGGAGGAGAAGAAGAAGAAGAAUAAAAUUGGGGAGCGGAAGUACACGUGGACGACUGAGAUCAAGAGCCCUGAGAAGGAUGGGGUUGAUCGGAAAUAUGAGUGGAUUGCUGAGGUGAAAGAUGGUAAGAAGAAAGGGGCUUUGGAUAAAAGCUACAAAUUUAGUGCUGAGAUCAAAGGAAAAGGUGACGAUUCACGUAGUUACAGUUUCAAAGCAUCAAAUGUCAGCGAUACCGAUAGCGAUAGCGAUGGAAGUGAGAAAAAAGAGAAGAAAGAUAAGAAGAAGAAAUGUGAAAGCCGUAAAUCUGUGGGUUGUACACGCUUGGUUGAGAUUGAAGAGCCAACCCAUCAUGGAGCACUCGUCUUAAGACAGGUAUUUGCGAAGAGGGUGGAGAAGAGAAGGGGGAAGAGGAAGGAGCUGUCACCACAAGAUGCAGCUUUAGCUAUUCAAAUGAGCUUCAGGGCUUACUUGAUUAAGAGGUCUCAGGCACUGCGUGCUCUGAGGGAACUGGCCAUUGCCAAGACUAAAUUGAAGGAGCUAAGGGCUCUCUUCAACAACUUCACUUACAGAAGACGUGUUGCUCGUGAUGCAGAGGAGCGCCAGAGGUUCUCUGAGAAGAUUAUUGUGUUGCUGCUCACUGUUGAUGCCAUUGAGGGCGUGGAUAUGAUGGUCCGAUCUGCAAAGAAAUCUAUAGUGGAUGAGUUAGAAGCAAUGCUUGAUGUUAUCGACCCCCAACCUGGUGGAAGGCCUUUAUCUGUUGCAAGGAGGAGAACAUUUGAUAUGCCAGAUGGUGCCAUUCAGAAGGAACUUGCAGCUGGUGUGGCUCAAGUUGUUCGAAUGCUUGACGAGUCCAAUGGUGCUGAAACCUUUGAAGGAUGCUUAUGAGUCUUAUAUGAGUCUAUGACAUGUGAGAUUCCACUGGUCUUUGGGGUUUGCUAGUGUUGUAUGUUCUAAUUAGGACCGGCUGUGGUAUGAAGCUACUCUACUGUUGUUAACAUUUCUUUUUAUUCUGGAUAAUGGAGAUCAGAGCUAGUAUGUUAUCUUAUUUCACCUUUUGGUA